AUGACCGAGAGUUAUUUAACUACAGAUAUUAUUGUUAUCAUCGUUUUGGUCGUCGUCUUAAUUUUGGUGGGUAUAUGCGCCUUUUUUAUACAUUUCUAUUGGACGAAAAUCGGUGUUUCGGAAAUAUGGAAUACAGCAAAAUGGAGUUCAAUGCGAAGUUCAAUCUAUCAGACAGUACGUCGUUUCAGUCGCGCUAGCAGUGGCAAGUACGGCUCCGAACGUCCAUUCUCUGCUGCAUCCGUAUAUUCGGAAGAAUCUGAUGGAAGUGCGUUACCAGCUCCGCUUAGAAAUAAAAAAUCACAAGCAGCUCCUCAUUCUACUAUACCUAUUCCUCCACAACAACAGCAGCAGCAGCAGCAGCAACAGUCGUCAUCGCUGCCGCCACCGCCUCACUCUGCUUCUUCUUCUUCUUCUAAUAAUGCUUACUCGUCGACUGCACCGCGAAAUCAAUCAUCCGACAGUAAUGGACGUCGAAAUUCACGCAAUCAAGUACAACCGGUUUCUACAGUUUCGUAUAAUAAUUCUGGAAGACAGAACUAUGGAAUUAAAAUAGGACAAGCUCCUCAGAAUACCAAAAUUCGAAAUGUUCAUGAGUACGAUGAAAGAAAUCCAGACGGUUCUGUUAUUAUUGAUGUACAACGGUUUUAA